AUGCCUCAAUUCAAACCAAACGCUAUUCAAUCCAUCCUCUACUACCUUCAUCAUCAAGGACACUCCGUCGAUUCAGCACUCACUGAGAUUCAGAAUCUCACGGAGACCCAGGAGAUCAGCCGAGACGAUGUGGAGAAGUUUUUUGAGAAGAUUCAGAAGGGAGAAUGGAAUAUCAGAAUGGAGGAACGAAAGCAGACGGAGAACAAGAUGAAGUUAGAUGAUUCUCCAAUUUCGAGAAUGCCACAUUUGAUCUACGAACAAAUUUUGGAGAAAUUGGAUUUGGAGUCGAGACUGAAACUGAGCCAGACGUCUCAUCUCUUCCGAAACAUUGUCAAUACCACCCGUACCAACAUGAAAAAGUUCACGUUCGUCUACUCUCUCAAAUAUGUUCAAUUCUCCAUCGACGACGAUUUCUGUGUGAAAUUAGAGAAUGUGAGAGAUGGAUGUAUCGUUCGGAACAAAGUCAAAGACACAUUUUGGCUCAUUAAAAAUGAAAAAUUCAAUGAUUUGGCUGAAAUUCUUUUCAACUCAAUCAUGAGUCAGGAGAAUCUUCGAAUCGAAGAAUUCCGCAUACUGGAGCAUGACAUGACCACGAAAAACUAUGAGGAAAUUGAUGGUCUUGAAGAAUACGUGCACAUCUUAAACAAUACCAGUGGCCCUAUCAUCCAUAGUAUUAGUAGCGUGUUGCAGUCUCGAGAGACUCAACUCAAAGUGAUGAAAUUCUCGGCGAAGUGUCUUUGGUGUGGAAUUCUUGACGAACUGCUUCCAACCUUCGAUCCAAACAUCUUAAAGUCCAUCAAGUACGAAGAUAACUGCGAUGACACCGAAGUCGCGUUCUAUGAUUAUCCUCAAUUCAAGAAUGUAACUUCAUUUUCAUGUGACAGUACCGAGAUUGUGAAUGAACUCGAUGGUUUUCUUGAAUUCAAUAACUGCGACAUCAGAGUUAAGCUAGCGUCAGAUACAGUUUUGGGUGUUAUGGAGGAACUUCUACAAAACCCUAAUCUUCAACAAUGGAAAGCGAAGCAUGACCAUUAUAAAGAUGAAGAACUAAAAGAUAUCAAAGAGGCUCUUGGCAUCCCCACUGACAUCACUGAUAUCGUCUGGAAACAUUUCGACUAUCCGAAUGGCAAUGAAAAGAAACUGUCGGUUUGUGUCACAACGAACGAAAUCUGGUUCAAGGGACCAAAAUAUUUGGAGGAAGAGAAAGACAAAGAGGACGACAACACAGCUUUCGAAUUGGAAAACUAUAAAGAAUAUCCAAUUUGGUGGGAGGAGACUGAUUAA